AUGAUUGAAAAUCCUGAAUACAAAAUGCUUCAUCUAAAAAAAAUACUUGCUGCAGAUCUUGGAGUCGGACAGUCAACAGUUUAUAAUACGAUAUUGGAGUACAAAAGAAAUAAAACCGUUUCUUCGCCAAAUAAAACUAAAAAUAGGGUCAAAAUAUGUGACAAAGUAGAUGAAUUUGACAAAUAUGCCAUUAGGAGAAAAGUUCAUCAAUUUUGGCACAAUCGUGAAAUGCCUACGUUAAACAAGAUUCUAGUAGCAGUCAAUGAAUUAGCCGAUCUACCAAAUAUUUCUCGAUCAUCAUUGCAUCGAUUGUUGAAAUCAAUGGAUUUUGUAUUCACUAAGCGAGGACGUAAUACUGCUUUGCUUGAAAGAGAAGACAUUAUUCUGUGGUGGAGAAACUAUUUAAGAGACAUCAAGCGAUAUCGCGAAGAAGGUCGGCCAAUUUACUACUUGGACGAAACAUGGGUGUACGCCGGAGAUGUCAAUAGUAAAAUAUGGGUUGAUAAGAGCGUUGUAACAGCUAGAAUGGCUUCUUCGGUGGGACUUUCAACUGGAGCAGUAAAUCCAACUGGCAAGGGAAAACGCUUAAUUGUUUGUCACAUCGGUUCCGAAGAUGGAUUUGUACAUGGAGGACUUCUGAGCUUUGAGUCAAAAAAAAAUACUCGAGACUAUCACGAUGAGAUGAACGGGGACUCUUUUCGUGAUUGGUUGCAAGGUGUUUUGCCCGGACUUAAAGAAAACGCUGUUAUCGUGAUGGACAACGCUCCUUACCACUCGGUAAAAACGGAGAAAUGCCCAACAACAAGCUGGAGAAAAGCAAACAUAAUUGAGUGGCUCCAAAACAAAGGAGAGGUAGUCGACCAAACAAUGAACAUUUUAGAAUUGUUAGAGGUUGUCAAAAAAAUCAAACCAUUGUACAAUAAGUAUGUUAUUGAUGAGAUGGUAAAAGCUAAUAAUAAAAUUGUCCUCAGAUUACCUCCUUAUCACUGCGAGCUUAAUCCUAUUGAGCUUGCAUGGGCUGCAGUGAAAAGAUAUGUGACUAUGUGA